AUUCUAUAUUAUUCUGUAAGGUCCCUAUAGGCAUCCGGAUAUGUUAUGUCGUAUAUGAAUAUGACAGAUGCCAACAGAGAAUAAAUUAGGCAAAGUCAUGCGUGGUUUUAUUGCCACCAGGUCAUGUCUCUUCCUGAAACAAAAGAUUAUUCUUAUGUACAAAGAAGCUUAGGUUUUCAUGUGUUUAAUCCAUCAUUUCAGACAACGGUCAUCGUAUACUGAUCAGAGCUUAGCAACUGAACAAGCGAAGCUUCUGCAUGUUUGGUAGAUGAGGAAAGGAAACAAAACCUCGAGUGGGGUGGGGAAGUGACGUCUGCCGCUAGCUAAUUCUUAUCGAUUACGGUCAAAACGCGCCCUCCGGCAACUUUCCUCCCACCAAACCCCACACAAUGGCCUUUCGCAAGCGCAAUAUCGCGCUCUCACGCGCCCCAAUAGAUCCCGACGCGCCCCUCAGCCCCUCCUCUCCAUCCCCUGUGACACCUACCCCUCAGGCUCCAGGCGUCCGCCCCUCCCCCAUCGACGGCCGCCCCACCACAUCCACCGGUACCCCUUCUCUCGAUAAUAUUCUCGCAGGGCACGCAGGUCUCCCACUUGGCACCUCUAUCCUGAUAGAAGAAAGCGGGACAACAGAUUAUGCGGGUGCGCUUCUUCGAUUUUACGCCGCAGAGGGUGUGGUGCAGGGCCACAGGGUGCAUGUCGUGGGUAUGGGGGAGGUGUGGGGGAGGGAGUUGCCAGGGAUAGCGGAGAGCGGGAGUGACAAGAGGAAGGAGGGGAGGGAAAGAGCGGAGAAGAUGAAGAUUGCGUGGCGGUACGAGGGGUUGGGCCAGUUUGAAAGUGCUAGAGGGUCUCCGGGCGUGAUUCGAUCAACAGGGCAGGGCGAUGCAGAGGGAGAACCCUCGGUGUUCUGUCAUAUGUUUGAUCUCGCGAAACGCCUUACGCUUCCUGUGGGGACGGCGAUCAAUUAUAUCCCAAUCCCUCGAACGAUCUCUAGCUCUGCAUCGCCAUUCACGGCGAUACUUCAGAACAUCCAACAGCAGCUCGCUACAACACCAGCACAUACGAUCCAUCGCCUUGUUAUACCCUCCCUUAUCUCGCCAGCGUUGUAUCCUCCCUCGUCGGCGCAUCCCAGUUCGAUACUCCAGUUUCUACACGCUCUGCGAGCGUUGCUAAGACAAUACCCCACGCGCCUGACGGCAAUCUUCACACUUCCACUAUCCCUCUACCCGCGCUCCUCGGGCCUAGUCCGAUGGAUGGAGAUCCUGUCCGACGGCGUUCUCGAGCUCUCUCCGUUUCCGUACUCGCAUAUGCAGGCACUCGCGACAUCAGCCGGCACAACGAAGGACGAGGAGAGACCACAGGGCAUGUUCGCGGUGCACAAACUGCCUAUAUUCCAUGAGAAGGGUGGAGGUGGUGGGGCGGAUGAACUCGGCGAGGAUCUGGCGUUCACGUUGAGUCGGCGGAAGUUUGUGAUUGCGAAGUUUAGUCUGCCGCCGAUGGAGGGCGACACGGAGGCGCAAGAGGCGGCGGUAAGGGAGGCGGCUGGCGGUAGUGCGAUGCCGGCGAAGAAAGACCUUGAAUUCUGAGCCUGUCCAGUCGAUAUCGUGGAAUAUAUCCGUCAGACAAAUAGCCAGCGUGACAGAAAAUUAGUCUCGUAUUGUUGUGUUGCGUAUUUCAAUUUCUCAGUCCUCCUCACUGUCCUCCCCAAGCAUGUCUUCCAUUUCAAUCUGCUCCCAUCCUCCAUUCCCAGCCCCCGAACCCAUACCGCGUGUGUAGUUGCGACCGAACGAAGCGUGUCGAGGAUUAAACGUGAUACCGGAAACUCGGGCGCGGAAGCGAUCGCCCAUGCACGAAGACAAUCCAAGGAAAACAAGAAAGAAUAUAAAUGGGAUGAAGAGCAGAAGGCUCAGGAGGGCGAGAACGUGCAUCGCGAGUGGGUUGAGG